UAGACAAAGUGAAAGCACUAUGUUGUCCGGCUCGGAUCUGCCUGAGCUUGUUCUACUCUUUUUGGCCUGUAUACUUUUCUGUUUUUCAAAGCCGUUCUGACUCGUCGCAUUAAACAAAACUUUAGACUUGCUGAACCAAAUUCUCUAGCAGCAUACCUAGUGGUUUUCUACUGGUAUGUACUUUCAGUUUGAGAUCCUUCUCCUCCUACCCAAAGAAACAUUAUGGCAUCAUGACAUAAAUAUUAGGACAGGAAAGAGGCGGAUAUCAUAUGCGUGUUUACUGUUUUGUUGCAACAGACUAGUCAUCCUGAAACAGGUCUAUCCACAACUCUUUUUCAUUCCUGCUCUGAGGGCUACCAGCACACAUCUGUGUGUGCAUUUAUGGUGUUUGUGCUGGAUUAUCAAAGCCAGAGAAAUGUUUCAAAGGUCAAAAAAGAUUCCAGUGUCAGAGGAGAGACGCAUGAGAGAGCAAGUGAGAAAUGCGGAGUGAGAGAGAGAGGGAGAGAGAGAGAGAGAGAGAGAGCUGACCGGUUCUCAGCAGUCAACAAAAGGACGGAGGCAGCUCUGCUCUGAGUGGAGCCAGCUUUAUGUCUGGCUGCCCUGCUAAGCGCUGCUUACGGUGCUCUACUUGCAAAGCUGUCAAUGGCUUCAUGUCGAUGGGAUCCUGCUUUUUUAGAUCGAGUAGAACUUACUGGAUACUUCGCCUGAAAACCGGUCGCUGUUUGGAGCUUAACAUUGUGGAUGUUUAGGACACCAUAUGAUUUACAGCCAUGGGAAACACCUGUGGUUGUGUUCGGGGUCCGAAAGAGGAAUAUUAUUUGGACCCCAAAAAGGCUCCUUUGAGAGCUGAAUCCAAAGAUCUUAAAGGUCGCCGCUAUUUUCAGAGGAAAAAGAGGAAAUCGGAAGACUUAAAGCCUGCUGGAUCUCUCAGAAGUUCUGAAAGUGAGACUUUCGUUACAACCAAGGCAAUCUGCAGUGGUGGAGAGCGUAAAAAUGACCCAGAUGGCAACACAGGAGAAAACCAAACCGAGCUGGAUGAGCCAUCAGGAGUGGACAAACCUCUAUCUAGGCAAGACAGCAUCAGCAAAGGUGUUUAUGUUGGAGAAAUACCAGUUCUGAUCCUUCGGGAUGGUCAGACUCAACCUCUUGCCACAAGGUUAACGUGCAGGUUGGAAAAGUUUUCUACAAACCAGGCAGAUGGUGACAGAAGGAGGUCCUCUGUGGAAGAGAAGCUCCAUGGUGUCAGCACUACUUCCAAAGGUGUCCCGGCUAAGGACGGUUUGCUUGUAAAGAAGCUUCUACAACGCCAGUUAAGGAGGGCGGUUAGCUUUGGAGCAGUGGAGCACACGCUACGGACACUGAGGGGUAAUGACAGACCUGGAAGUGAGGAAACCUUUGCCAAGAUUAUAUGGGGCUCUCAAGCACACCGAAGGAGGAGACGGAGGGCCUACACCUGCUCUGGUUACGUAGAACAUGCUCCAGCUCUGGCCAAAUGUAUUUCCAGCCAACACGAGAUCUCGGAGAUCCAUGUGACGGGAGAAUCCGAGGACAUGACAGCCAAGGAGAGACUGCUGCUCUGGUCCAAGCAGAUGACAGAGGGCUACGUAGGUGUGCGAUGUGAAAAUUUCACAACCUCCUGGAGGGAUGGGAGGCUAUUUAAUGCCCUUAUUCACAAAUACAGACCGGACCUUGUGGACAUGAGCCGUGUGUCAACACAGACCAACCGAUCAAAUUUAGAAGACGCGUUUUGUGUAGCUGAACAGCUGGGGGUGGCCAGACUACUGGAUCCUGAGGAUGUUGACGUCCAGUCACCUGAUGAAAAAUCUGUCAUCACCUACGUCUCAACACUGUACGAUGCCUUCCCCAAAGUACCCGAUGGAGUUGAAGGAGUUAGUCCUAAUGACGUUGAUAUCAAAUGGGUCGAGUACCAGAACAUGAUCAAAUACCUCAGCCAGUGGAUCAAACACAAUGUGGCCAUAAUGUCAAGUAGAUCAUUCCCCAAUAACCCUGUAGAACUCAAGGCACUUUAUACACAAUAUCUUCAAUUCAAAGAACAUGAAAUCCCACAAAAAGAAAAUGAGAAAACAAAAAUCAAAAAUCUCUACAAAAUGCUCGAGAUGUGGAUCGAGUUUGGACGUCUUCAGUUACCCCCGGGUCAUCAUCCGAAUGAUGUGGAGAAGGAAUGGGGUAAACUAAUUGUCGCCAUGCUAGAAAGAGAGAAGAGCCUGAGGCCAGAGGUGGAAAGGCUUGAAAUGUUGCAGCAGAUUGCCAACAGGGUUCAGCGGGACUGUGUUAACGGCGAGGACAAGCUUGCACUGGCGAGAACGGCCCUGCAGUCUGAUGCAAAACGUCUUGAGUCUGGUAUUCAGUUCCUAAAUGAAGCUGAGAUCGCUGGCUACCUGUUGGAGUGUGAGAAUAUUCUCAGACAACAAGUAGUGGAUAUCCAGAUUCUCCUGGAUGGAAAAUUCCCAUUUGCAGAUCAGCUUGUCCAAAGGGUGUCAAAACUCCGCGAUGAUCUUCUAGCCCUGAGAGCUGAAUGCUCCUCUGUGUACAGCAAAGGCCGCACCCUGACUACAGAGCAAACCAAAAUGAUGAUCUCAGGCAUCACACAGAGUCUGAACUCUGGCUUCUCCCAGAGCAUUAACACUAACCUGACACCAGCCCUUACUCCUGCACUCACCCCAGGGGGAGUAGGUACCCCUGGGUCCACCUUCACCUCGAGCCUUACGCCGUGCCUCACCCCAUCCUUGACUCCUGCCUUGACCCCGAGUCUGCAGCCUGCAUCAAUCCAGAGCUACAUGGGGAGCGGUGGUGGCAUGGGCCCAAGUAGCCUCAGGCAUUUGAAAAACAUGCAGAUCCGGAAGCCCUUGCUGAAAUCCUCACUGGCAGACCCCAGCUUGACAGAAGAAGAGGUCAACAUGAAGUUUGUUCAGGACCUUCUAAACUGGGUAGAAGAGAUGCAGAUGGAGCUGGAGCGUUCAGAUUGGGGAUCUGAUAUGCCAAGUGUGAAAAUGAAUUUAGAUAACCACAAAAAUGUACACAGAGUGAUCGAAGAAUUCCAAAUGAGUCUUAAAGAAGCCAAACUAAGUGAAAUUCAGAUGACGAUGCCUUUAAAGCUCAGCUAUUCAGACAAACUGAACAAACUGGAAAAGCAGUAUGAACAACUCUUGAGCUCAUCCAGGGAGCGGCAAAGCCACCUGGAGAGCCUGCAUGACUUUGUGUCACAGGCAACUCAAGAGCUCAUCUGGCUGAACGAGAAGGAGGAAGAGGAGGUUGCCUUUGACUGGAGCGAUCGCAACAUUAACAUCUCCAAAAAAAGGGAUUACCACACUGACCUGAUGAGGGAGCUGGAUGAAAAGGAGGAAGCCAUCAAGUCUGUGCAGGACAAGGCAGAGCGCCUUAUGCUCAAGAACCACCCAGCCAGGCUAACUAUUGAAGCAUACAAAGCUGCAAUGCAGACCCAGUGGAGCUGGAUUUUACAGCUCUGCUCAUGUGUCGAACAACAUCUCAAGGAGAACGCUAUUUAUUUUGAGUUUUUCAGUGAUGCCAAAGAGUCCAUGGAUUACCUAAAAAAUUUGCAGGAUUCAAUUCAAAGAAAGUACAGCUGUGAUCGAACAAGUACCCUACACAGACUGGAGGAUCUCAUUCAGGAGUCCAUGGAUGAGAAAGAGCAGCUCCUUCAGUACCGCAGCACUGUGGCUGGGCUGGUGGGCAGGGCUAAAAAUAUUGUGCAGCUCAAGCCCAGAAACCCUGAAAAUUCACUGAGGUCCUCCAUCCCUGUUAAAGCGAUCUGUGAUUAUCGUCAGAUAGAGAUUACCAUUUAUAAAGAGGACGAGUGCGUACUGGCCAAUAACUCUCACCGGGCUAAGUGGAAAGUCAUCAACCCAGCAGGGAAUGAGGCGAUGGUUCCCUCUGUUUGCUUCACUGUUCCUCCACCCAACAAAGAGGCCGUUGAUAUGGCUUCAAGAACUGAGCAGCUAUAUCAGAAUGUCCUGGCACUGUGGCACCACUCCCACGUCAACAUGAAGAGUGUGGUGUCUUGGCACUAUCUAAUGGCUGACAUUCAAGCCAUCCGCAACUGGAAUGUGGCUUCAAUAAAGACCAUGUUGCCAGGUGAGCAUCAGCAGGUCUUGAGCAACCUGCAGUCCCACUUUGAUGAGUUCCUGGAAGACAGCGAGGAGUCAGAGGUAUUCACUGUGGCGGACUGCGCACAGCUCGAGAGAGACGUGGCGGCGUGUAAGGAGUACUACCAGGAACUGCUCAGAUCCGCAGAGAGAGAGGAACACGAGGAGUCGGUGUACAACCACUACAUCUCGGAAAUACGCAACUUCCGUAUGCAUCUGGAGGCCCAUGAAGAACACCUGAUCAGGCAAAUACGCUCACCCCUGGAGAGAGAUGACCUGGAGCAGAGUCUGCAGCGUAUCACAGAGCAUGAGAGGAAGACGGCAGAGCUGAAUAAGCUGAAGGAGGAUCUGGAUGCCAUGAAGGACAAGUGUGAGCUGUUCCUCAGACAGGCCGCGGGUUCUCCGUCUGUGGCAACGCUCUCAUCUGAGCUCACAGUCCUCAUUCAGAGCAUGAGCCAAGUGUACUCCAUGUCUUCCAUUUAUAUGGACAAAUUGAAAACUGUGAGUUUAGUGGUGAAGCACAGUCAGAGUGCAGAGGCGCUUGUUAAGGCCUAUGAAUCCAAACUCUACGAAGAAGAUGCCAUGAACCCUGAUGUCAAAUCCAUUGAAAAUGUCAUUUCCACACUAAAGCACUGGCGGACAGAGAUUGAUGAGAGACAGGAGGUAUUCCAUGACAUGGAGGAUGAGCUGCAGAAGGCGCGCCUCAUCAGUGACCGCAUGUUUAAAGCGCACAACGAGCGCGACUUUGACCUCGACUGGCACAAAGAAAAGGCGGAUCAGUUGAGCGAGAGGUGGCAGAACAUCCACUCCCAGAUCGAUAGCAGGCUCCGAGACCUGGAUGGUAUCAGCAAAUCUUUGAAGCACUACAGAGACUCCUAUAGCAGCCUUGAUGAAUGGGUUAGAGACAUGGAGGCAGCACAGCUGAAGGCCCAAGAACACAAACCUGAGGAUAGCAAGGCACUGGCUGAGCUGUUAAACAAACAAAAAAUCCUUGUUGCUGAAAUUGAGCAGAAACAGAGCAGUAUCGACGAGUGUCAAAAGUACUCCGAGCAGUACUCAUCUGCUGUUAAGGAUUAUGAACUUCAGCUGAUGACGUUCAGAGCAAUGGUCGACUCCCAGCACAAAUCUCCUCUCAAGAAACGGAGGAUGCAGAGUUGUUCUGAUGCCAUUCAGCAGGAGUUUAUGGAUCUCCGAACGCGCUACACUGCUCUGGUGACUCUGAUGACUCAGUAUGUGAAGUUUGCCAGCGAAACACUGAAGAGAACUGAGGACGAGGAGAGAUCUGUUGAUGAGGAGAAGAGAGAGCAUGGUGAUAAGGUUAACAAACUAUUGCAGUGGAUGUCCAAUGUGAAACAGACCGUGAGCAAUGGUGGGGAUGCUCUGAAAGAUAGUAAUGCCAACACAGAUGCUUCUAAUAAGCCGCAGGUGUCAGUGGAGGAAAUGGUCACUAAAAAGGAACAAAUUGCAGAAGCACUGAGGUCCACACAAACGAUGCUAAACAAACACAGUGACAAAAUGACAGAAGAGGAAAGAAAGAAGGCCCAAGAGCAGCUACAGUCUCUCACUCAGGCCUACAAUGAACUCUCUCAGCAGUGUUCAGAUCAGACUCCCUCUGCAGAUGAGGAUUUCAAACCCCUUGAUAGGAUUGGGACUGGAAUGAGUGGCCUGAUUGAUCAGAGAGGCUUGGUUAAUCUCCAAGGGGCCCUCCUAACCUCCAACCUCUCUGAACCCCAGCUCCAUCUGGGGUGUGACGAUGCUAUCGAAGAAAAUCGCAUCUACACAUCAACGCUGAAUCACUUGCCAGUAUUGAAUGAUUCAAGCAAAUGCAUACAGAGUUCACAUGUCUCCUCUGUGUCCCUGUCAGACAUAGCAGCAGCUAGAGAAGGGUCCAUGUGUGAAGAUAUGAUCAUAAAGAUAAUAGAGGCCAGCCAGGUCAGUGAUGAAGUGAAGAUGUGCUACACAGGGGACACGAUGACCCUGGAGAAGGCAUUUCAGUGUGGUUUAAUUCCUGCUUCUGUCUAUGUAAACCUCCUUCAGAGGAAAAAGUCUCACCAGGAUAUGAUAACUCCUAGCACUGCAGAAAGUCUGUCGUUUUUAGAGCCUGAAGAGGAGGGUGAAGCUUGUGAGGUUAAUAAACUGAUAUUCAAGGGCCUCAGCAGAAAGAGAUCAGAGACAUCAGAGAGGAAUAUUAGCAGUGUGACUUCGGGUGGUUUUAGUAAUCAGGAGAUUAUGGUGAGGUUGUUAGGUGCUCAGGGGGAUCUAGAAGGUCAGAAUGAAACUGAGGUGUCAGAUGGUAACUUCCAGAAUGCUGGAGGUGGGCUGAAGGUGGAUGCGGCCAUUCAGUGUGACUUGAUGAGCUCCAGCAGCACACUCAUCGUGCUGGGAAAUCAGCAACAGUUCAUGGGACUUGCGUUGCCUCACUCUGGGGAAAUCCAAACGGUGUCUACCUCGCAUGAAUCGGAUUGUCAAAGCACCUCCAGUGAGUUUACCUGCAGACUUUUUACUAAUCGAGGGAAAAUAGCAGCAUUUUACAUUCCGGAAAAUUCAGAGGUGAUCGAUAUCACUACCGCUAUUCAAAAUGGUUGGAUCGACAGUCACACAGCAGAGGUUCUGAAAUCCAUAGAGAUCCCAGAUGUGCUGCCAGAUGUUGAUCACCUUAGUGAAAAGUUUUCAUCUUGGCUCACUUAUAAAAAGCUGGCAGUUGAUGGGUGGCCUCAUGAUGGUUCAGAAGUUAAUCUCCCCUCUCCCACGGAAGCAAAACAGUUAUUCAUCUCAUACUUAAUGAUGAACAGUUAUAUUGAUCCAAAGUCAGAACAGAGGGUUUUGAUACUUGAUGAUCAGUUAAAUAAAAUGGCUCAAGCUUUUCUUGAGGACCGGCUAUUUUAUCUGAACGAUGAUGAAGGUUUGACUGAUCUGACUUUAGAUGCCGAAAAUCCUUUUGAAGACGCAGAUUCUGAGAUGUCGCUACACAUAAAUGAUGAAUCAGAGGACUUAAUAAAAAACACAGAGGACGUGUUUGAUCGCCGUGACUUUGUUUCCCAGACCGGCGGGAGAAUCACCUUUGAUGAAAACACACAACACACAUUUGAGCCCCAUAAUUUCGUUUCCUCUGGCAAUGGAAGAAUAACCUUUGAUGAAAAAUCUAAUAAAAAUGAUAAAGCUUCAAAACACGAUCAUGCCAGGGACCUUUUAGUGAGUAGUGACAUUGAUAUUGACACCAGAGGUGUAGAGGUGGAAAACGUCUUUGAAAAUGGCACAGAGUCAGAAAAGGAGGCCGGAGAUUAUGCCAGGGAAGAUCUUGAUAUUCCAGGUUCUCUACAUGUGUCAGUCCCUCACACAUUUUGCUCUGGGGAAAGCAGAAAUAUUAGCUCACCUUCAGUGAUGAUUGACUCUGAGUCCUCAUUUAGAUCUUGCCAUCAGGUGCCACCACACUAUAAGGCUAAGUGCUUUGAAACAACAACAAGUGUUCAUAUUGAACAACCUCAGUUUUUAAGCUCUGAGGACUCGGUGGAGGGUGGAAAUGAGCGGAAGAGUGCUAUUGAGCUUCUGAAAACCCAAAUGGAGGAAGAGGGCAUUUUGGACGUCACCUCUGGGAAAUGUUAUAACCUGCAGGAAGCUCUUAAUAAAGGAUUAGUGGAUGAUAAGAUGGUACUAGAGCUGCAUGACUCACAGUCAGAUGAAAAAACUCCCAUCCUAAUGGAUGAGACAGACAGAUUUUCUGGAUUAAAACAGGCAUUGUCAAGCAGAUGUCACACAGAGCAGAGCUUUUUGAGGUCUCAUUGCAGCAGGAGCAUUGGUGAUUCACUCCUGCUUGAAUUAGUCAAGGAUUCAGAUUCGCAAGGCAACUUUUACCCAGAGGAAAACCGUGUUUACUCUCUUUCUGAAGAUCAAGAUCUGGGUUUAAUUCAUGCAGCUGAAAUUCACAAAGCUGAAAACACACAGCAGGUGAUUUCAAGGAAUGCUGCUGUCACGGUGCUUGAUUUAGCCAAAGAAGAGGCUAAUAACAAGGAAGGAGAGAGUGAAAAUAGAAAUCCAGAGUUAGCAUGUAAGGCAGUGGGGAGUGUAGAAACAAUGACUAAUAAAGUACAUCUUUCCCUUCCAUCAGAAAGUGGUAACAUGCCUCAGAUGAUCUCACCCUCUUUAUGGAAUCAGGUUACAGCAGAGCGUACCAAUCAUAUAGAAAAAUUGCCUUUAGGGGCUGAAGACAGUGAGUCACACACCUUAAUGGAUAGCGAGCUGACAGGAAAAAUCUCCAGCAUCAAUACUGAUUCCAAAAGCCAGACUCAGUCUGCCACUUUUGCUUAUCACUCCAGUAAAUCUGACAGCACACCCAGUGAUGAGGAUAUUUUCAGUGAUGGAUAUGAUACCAGUGUAAGAAAUCAGACAUUCAUUCAGAGUGAAACCGGCACGUCGGUUUCAUUUUGCAGUGCUUUGUCUUUGGAAGCUAGAGUGGAAGAUGAAAGUGGGGUUCGGUCAACUUUGGGCAGUGAGCCAGCUCCAAGUGUGGAUUACACAUCGCUCGGGGAUUUGGUUGAGGGUGCAGUCAUCUCGGUUUCCAGGGGUAAUUGUAACUCCGUGAAAAACAGGGCAGAAGAUGUCAGAGUUGCAUUACGUCAGCAAGCAGAAAGUGAUUAUAGUGAUGAAUCUGAGCCCAGCAGCUGUCAGAGAGAUCAGAGCCUGAUUGCAGCUGUUUGUGAAAGACCUCCAGAACAGCAGAGCUCCUCUUCUGAAAUACCUGCUGUUUACAGCAGCAUAACAACAACAAAUACCGUCAAUCACAGCAACUAUGAUAUUGAAGAUACAGUCCUGACUCCUAAAGAUUUCUUAGGGUUUACAGAUGGUGGAGCAGGUGAUUCUGAGAGGCCUUCCCUAGAGAAGCAAAAUGAUGACAUUCUCACUAUUGAUGGUGAACAGAUCUCCAUAGCUUUCUGUCAGCGAGAUCAGAGCCUGAUUGCAGCUGCUUGUGAAAGACCUCCACAACAGCAGAGCUCCUCGUCCGAGUUACCUGCUAUUUACAGCAGCAUAACAGCAACAAAUACCAUCUUGCACAGCAACAAUGACAUUGAAGAUUCAGCCCUGACUCCUAAAGAUUUGUUUGGGUUGGCCCCUGGAGGUGCAGGUGAUCCUGAGAGGCUUUUCCAAGAGAGGGGAAACAAUGACAUUCUCACUAUUGAUGCUGUAUCUCUCUGUCAGGGAGCUCAGAGCCUGAGCUCACCUGUUUGUGAAGGACCACACCAGCAGAGCUCCUCUUCUGAGUUACCUGCUGUUUAUAGCAGCACAACAGCAACAAAUACCAUCGAUCACAGCUACAGUGAUUUAGUCCUGACUCCUAAAGAUUUGUUAGGGUUUACUUGUGGCCUUACAAGUGAUGCUGAGAGGCUUUCCCAAAACAGGCAAAACAAUGACAUUCCCACUGUUAAUGCUGAACAGAUCUCCGUAGCUCUCUGUCAGAGAGAUCGGAGCCUGAGUGCAGCUGUUUGUGAAGGACCACAACAGCAGAGUUCCUCUUCUGAGUUACCUGCUGUUUACAGCAGCAUAACAGCAACAAAUACCAUCAAUCACAGCAACAAUGAUAUUGAAGAUUCAGCCCUGACUCAUAAAGAUUUGUUAGGGUCGCCCCCUGGAGGUGCAGGUGAUCCUGAGAGGCUUUCCCAAGAGAGGGAAAACAAUGACAUUCUCACUGUUGAUGCUGAGCAAAUCCCUGUAUCUCUCAGUCAGAGAGAUCGGAGCCUGAGUGCAGCUGUCUGUGAAAAACCUCCACAACAGCAGAGUUCCUCUUCUGAGUUACCUGCUGUUUACAGCAGCAUAACAGCAACAAAUACCAUCAGUCACAGCAACAAUGAGACCGAAGAGUCCGUCCUAACUCCUAAAGAUUUGUUAGGGUCUUCCCAUCUUGAUUCAGAUGAUGCUGAGAGGUUUUCCCAAGAGAGGGAAAACAAUGACAUUUUCACUAUUGAUGCUGAGCAGAUCCCUGUAUCUCUCAGUCAGAGAGAUCGGAACCUGAGUGCAGCUGUCUGUGAAAAACCUCCACAACAGCAGAGCUCCUCUUCUGAGAUAUAUUCUGUUAAUAGAGACAUAACAACAAGUACUAUCAACCAAAGCUACUAUGAUAUUGAAGAUUCAGCCCUGACUCCUAAAGAUUUUUUCGGGUCAACACAUGGUGGGGGAGGUGAUGCUGAGAGGCUUUCCCCAGAGAAGCAAAAUGAUGACAUUUUUAAUAUUGAUGCUGAACAGAUUUCUGCAUCUCUCUGCCAAAGUGGUGCACCUGUUUGUAAAAGACCUGCACAAGAGCUGAGCUCCUCUUCUGAGAUACCUGCUGUUUUAACAGCAACAGAUACUGUUAAUCACAGCAGCAAUGAUGUUGAAGAUUUAGUCAUGACUCCUAAAGACUUGUUAGAGUCGGCGCUUGGUGUUACAGGUGAUGCUGAGAGGCUUUUCCCAGAGAGGCAAAACAAGAGCAUUUUCGCUAUUGAUACUGAACAGAUCUCUGCAUCAAGAACGGACACAGACGAUCCUGAUAGUGAUAGAAAUGUCUCCUGUUUAAAUCCAUCGUUUCCCUUAUCAGACAUCAACUUUGGACAGCCUGGAAGUAGAAUAGGAGAAGAGUUGAGGUCUGAUCCUCAAGAAGAGGAUCAAAGUUUAGAAGUGUGUGUUUCUGUGGAUACUCACACAGUUACGGAUUUCCUGUCCGAGAGCAGCAUAAUACCUGUUGUUUCCUCUUCAGGCCCAUCAGUGUUUUCUAAUCCUGGAAAGACAUAUGCAGAUGACCAGGGGGAAGAUAUUACACACAAUGAUAAGAGCAGUGGUUUGGAAAGGGCACAAGCUCAAGAUUCUCAACAUGCCCUUGCUAUAGAUAAGAAUAAUGCACAAUCUUUAGAUAAAAGCAGUUUCCACGAGAGUAGCACAUCUCAGGGACUCACACAGAGCAGUCACCCAGAUCACCUCAUGAAUUUACUGAAGCAAAAUUCUCUCAGUUUAGACAGCGAGGACACGAGGAAAGCAAAACUGAUAUGCCCGGAAGAAAGAGGAGGUCAAGAGACAGAGCAGUCUGAUGCUCCAAAUAUCCAGCUGCAGCUGCUGCAGGUUUUUAAGACUGUUUCCACAAGCCAAGACCUUUCAGUGCUUAAGGAAGUGAUGGAUACCCUCAGCAGCGCUCUGGGGUGUGAGUCACAGCAGGAACAGUGGCACACACUGGAGAGCAUCAAAGAGGAAAGUUCAGAGGGAGAGGAUGAGGAGUCAGGAGAGGAUGACGGUGCUCCAAAGAGUCACCAACCAUCUGUUGAGGAGGUCAAAUAUAAGCUGUUCUCCAUCCACGAUUAUUUGGAGUGUGUCGGGAGACUGCAGGAUCACUCUGAUGCUUUAGAAGAUGCCAGAAAAGACCUCACAAUCCCAAUACCCACAGACAACAGCAUGGAAGAAUUGCAGAACCAAAUAGAGGAAUGUCAGUCUCUGCAGUCUCAGCUUUCUAGUCUGGCUGAUGUUCUGACAGUAGAUAUGGAGAAAGCCAAACAACUCAUAAACUCUGCUGAUGAAGACGUUCCCCAGCAAAUCCACCACGACUUGGCCUCGAUAUAUCUGGAGUUAGAGCCAAAUUUUACUGCUGUGUCUCAGAUGUGUGCAGAAAGAAGCAACUCUCUGAUUCAAGCGAUGGAAACAGGGAAGGUACAUUUGGAAUCAACAUAUCAGCAGCAUCUCAGUGAUCUCAAUACGCUGGCGGGGCUCAUUCAAACUAACUCUAAGAUGUUGGGUGUGGAUUUGAACACAUGUGAUCUGGACACUUUGAAACAUCUGAGCCAGCAGAAUAAGGACAUGGAGGACCAUCUGCAAAAAGAAGCCAGGCUCAAGUUAGAGGAUGUCACGUUUGAUAUCCAGUGCUUUAUUUCAGAGCACACUCAGUUCCUGAGUCCGGCUAAGAGUAGCUACCUCCUCAAGUUCCUCAGCACCACUCAGCGAGCAUUCAGAGACCAGAUAGAAAGGCUUGUAACACAGAAGAGUGCCUUAGAUGUCCUGCUUGACGCCAGAGAGAGAGAAAGCAUGGCAGAGUCUUUAUUGGAGAAACAGAAGGAGUUUACAGACAAGUUGUCGGACAUGUGCGAUAAUCUCACGCUGACCGAGAACCGCCUGAUUGGCCAUAAGCAACAGGCUGAAAAUGCUGAGAGUAUUACAGACCUGCAGCAGUACCAGCAGGAGGAUCAGGCUCUCCAAAAAGACGUGUUGACAAACGCCAGUGCCUUAAAUGACGUGAUCAGCAGUACUAAUAAAUUUCUCCAGGAAAACCGAAGCAAGAUGACACCAGAUCAAAUCGCCGCUAUUGAAAGCAAGCUGGAAGAGGCUAAAAGCAAGGCCAAGCUCAUCAACCAGCGAGCCGAGGACUCCAGAAAAGAUUUGGAGAAAGCUGUCACGACAGCCAUACAGCAGGAGAGCGAAAAGGCAGCAGCUGUCGAACAGCUUGAAGAGAGUAAGAGCAAAAUUGAAGGUCUUCUGGACUGGAUUUCCAAUGUAGGAAAUAAGAACAAGAGCAGCCUGGAUCAAACAGACCAUGUAAGUCAAGAAAAUGGAAACCUGCCAGAAGAACCUUCAGCUAAGGGACUGAUAACAGAGGAUGAUGAUGCCAACGGAAACGCUUUGCAGACCACUGACAAGGAUUUUGGCAGAGAGACCAAUGGCGAGAACAAUGAAUCCCCGAAUCUUGAUAAGCAGUACCAAAGGCUCAAGGCCCAUCACCAGGAGAUUCUGUCCCAGCAGCAGGAUCUGAUCAUGGCCACCCAGUCAGCUCAGGCUAUGCUUGACAAGCAAGCCAACGUGCUGUCUCCACAGGAGAAAGAGGCUUUGCAGAAGAACAUCCAAGAGCUAAAGGAGCGCUAUGAGACGUCCCUGACUCAGGCUGAGCAGCAGAUGAAGCAGGUGCAGUGUGUCCAGGAGGAGCUGAAGAAGUUCCAGGAUGACUGCGAGGAGUUUGAAAACUGGUUAAACCAGGCUGAAGAAGAGAUUUUGGAACUGGGAGCGCCUGCAAGCUCCCUUAAUAUCCUCAGUGAUAACCUUCAGCGACAGAAAAGCUUCUCAGAGGAUGUGAUUUCCCACAAAGGGGACCUUCGCUUCAUCACUAUUUCGGGACAGAAAGUGCUGGACGUGGCUAAGGCGUUUGGAUCGGCUGACCCGGCAGCUAAGAAUCCGCUGCUGCAUGUGGAUACUUCAGGAACCUGUUCUGCUGUCAAGGAUAAACUAGACUCAGCAGCCAGUCGAUAUAAAACACUACACUCACAGUGCAAUCUGCUUGGCAACAACCUCAAAGACGUGGUUGACAAGUACAAAAAGUAUGACGACUCAAGCACCGGUCUUUUGAAGUGGCUCAACAGCUCAGAGGAGGAGGCGAGAAAGCAGCAAUCAGAGGCCAUAGCAGCUGACCCUCAAACGCUACAGAAACAGCUGGAGGACACCAAGGUUUUACAAGGUCAGAUGAUGGGGCACCAGACUGCUAUUGAUUCUUUACGUAAAACAGCUGAGUCUUUAAUAACAUCUGAAGGUGACCUGCUGAGCAAUCCAGAUGAGAUCCAGGAGACAGUAGAUGACAUAGUGGAGCGUUACGACAACCUUUCCAAGUCUGUAAGCGAUCGAAAUGAGAAGCUGCAGAUCACCCUGACUCGCUCUAUGAGUGUUCAGGAUGGCUUGGAUGAGAUGAUGGGAUGGAUGGAGGGAGUUGAGGCCAGUGUGGAAGAAAAAAGGGAAAUAACCUUGGACUCUGCAUCUCUUGGAGGCAUCCUGAGCAAAGAAGCAGCUUUAGAGCAGGACAUAGCAAGUCGCCAGAGCAGCAUCUCAGCCAUGAAAGCCAAGGUGAAGAAGUUUGUGGAGACGGCUGAUCCCUCUGCUGCCGCGCUUCUGCAGUCUAAGAUGGACUCUCUCUCCCAGCGCUUCUCUGAUGCGUGUGAUCAGCACAGGCAAAAAAUUGCUACUGUGGAGAAGCUGAAAGAAAAGGUAGAGCAGUUUGAGAAUGUAGCCGAAAAAGUCCAGCAGUUUGUUGUGAAGCGCUCACAGGACCUGCACGAAACAGACGGCCCGGGGAAAACUUUCAAUGAACUGUCUCAGCUAAUGCAGAACACCAAAGCUGAGAUGGCUGAAUAUGCUGGUGAUUUGGAGAAGCUGCAGACUUUGUCCAAGGAGCUGUCUGAAAUAAGCCCCGAUGGAAACAAAGCCCAAAUUCAGAGCAAGCUGGACAAUCUCUCAAAUGUUUUCAGCACCUUUAAAGAUACCAUCAAAGAAAAGGAAGAGGAACUGUCAUCUUGUCAGGACCAGCUGGGAGAGUUCAGAUCUGCAGCUAGCGCUCUCACUAAGUGGCUGGAGGAGGCUAAUGACAAAGUACCUGCAGAUCAGCCAAGCAGCAGUGAGAAAACUCUGGAGAGCAACCUGCAGAUAGUCACCGGAUUACUAGAUGAAUGGACAUCCAAAGGCCCUGCCGUCCAAGACCUGAACACUAAAGGAUCGACGCUGUGCAACUUGAUUACUUUCCUCACAUCACCUGCCAAGACAAAGACUCCCAACAAGUCGGCUCUUACUAAUGGUGAUGGUCCAGCAAGCCAUACCUACCUAACCAACAAAGAGCUGAUGGUUAUUCAGCAGAACAUGUCUUCCAUCAAUGAGGGGUACACGGACCUCGGAGAAACGCUGAAGAAUCGCUCAGCACAGCUGAGUAGUUUGUUGCAGGAGGUGAAAGAGGCCCAGAAGGAGACAGAUGACAUGAUGCUGUGGCUGAAGGACAUGAAAAAGACCGCACAGUCCUGGAACAGUGCAGCCACAGAGAAAGACUCAGUGAAAACACAGCUUGAACAGCAGAAGGCAUUUGAAGAUAACAUGAAGCAAAAACAGGAGGCGCUUCAAAAGCUCAGAGAGAAGCUCCUCGACUUGAUUAAGACUCAUCCAAACUCACCCGAGGCAGCGAAAUGGAAGCAGAUGUUGGCAGAAAUAGAUGCUGCCUGGGCAGACAUCAGUGGCUCUGUUGAGGAGAGGAAGCAGCACCUGGAGCAGUCCAAUAAGAAUCUGGACAUCUUCCAAACAACGGAGCAGCAGCUUGGUCAGUGGCUUUCAGAGAAGGAGCUGAUGAUGAGUGUCCUUGGACCCCUCUCCAUAGACCCGAACAUGCUUAAAAUGCAGAAGCAACAAGUCCAGAUCCUCCAGAAUGAGUUUAAGAGCCGCAAACCUCAAUAUGAACAACUCGAGGAAGCUGCCUCCGCCAUCCUAAGCUCAUCAGGCGAUCAGGACCCUUCAAGUGGGAAGCUGGUGAAGGAGCAGCUUGCUGCAGUCACUCAGAAGUGGGCAGGCCUCACAGGACAGCUGGACCAGCGAGACAGCCAUAUUGAUCAGGCAGUGGUGAAAACCGGGAAGUUUCAGGAGUUACUGAGGAGCCUCAGUAACACUGCCACUCAGCUGGAGAGUCAGCUCACAAACCAUCAGGGCCUCAGCACGCAACCUGAUGCUGUGAAGAAGCAGUUGGAGGAUGCCCAGAACAUCUCGGCUCAGCUGCGAGAGGAGAAGAAGAAGCUGAAGGAGGCUGAGGCCAUCAAUGAAGAGCUCACGGCGAUGGUGACUGAGGACUACCUCAAAGCAGACCUCGCAAGGCAGCUGGAGAGUGUUUGCAAGCCUUUUAAGCAGUUGGAAGAGAAAGCAGCAAAAAGAAUUGAACAGUUAAACUCCACCUUUGCCAGUUCUCAGCAGUUUCAUCAGACUUCCAAAGAUUUACAGUCAUGGCUGGGUGAGAAGCUCCAGGACCAAUCGAAGCCCAAACCCAUCUCUGCCAAAGUGGAGGUUCUGCAACAAACUGUAGAGGAGCACAGUAAACUCCAGAAGGCUCUCAGUGAACAUGAAAAAGCUUUUAAUACAAUCAUUGGAGAGGGAGAGAUGCUUCUGCACAACAUUGAUGGUGCGGAGAAGUUAGCACUACAAGGUCAGCUCACUACCCUCUCAUCCAACUGGGAAGAAGUGAAGAAGAGCUCCGCAGAGCAGGCUGACAAACUCCAAACUGCUCUGAUGAGAUCACUCAAGUAUCAGGAGCAUGCAGAGAAGCUUAACUCUUGGAUUCAGGAGUGUGAGGCUAACGAGGGCCGAGUCAAGCUCACCGUUGAUCCUGCUGCUGUGGAGACUUCCAUUUCUCAGUUGAAAGCUCUCCAGAAGGAUGUUGAUAAGCACAGAGGGUUGGUGGAGCAGCUCAACGCAGCUGCAGAUAGCCUUCUUGAGGUGGCCAACACAGACACCGACGCUAUAAAAGAAGAGAAGGCUAGCACUGGUAAAAGAGUAGACAAUAUAGUGGAAAGUCUGCAGAGCAAAAGGGAAUCUUUAGAGAAGAUCUCGCACACAGUAAAGGAAUUUAAUGAUGCGUGCAAAGAGGCAAAGACUCAGCUUGAGGGAGCUAAGAAGCAAGUGGAUGCCUAUGAAACACAGGGAGUUCAGGCGCACAGCAACAAGAGCCUAACCAACAUGAAAGCCCAACACAAGAGUUUAGAGGCUGUGCAGAAUCAAGUAGAGCACAUGAAGGCCUUGGCCAAGGACCUUGUGGUGGAUGUCCCAGAUGCUGAAGGAGUGACAGACCUCUUACUACAGGCAGACAGCAUAGAAAAAGACUACGGCAACCUUAAUAAGAAACUGGAGGAGACGUGUCAAGCAUUGGAGGGUAAACUGCAGGGUAUCGGACAGUUCCAAAACAACAUCCGCGAGAUGUUUGCACAGUUCACAGAGUUGGACGAUGAGCUGGACAGCAUGUCCCCAGUGGAUCUCAAUUUGGACACUCUUAAAGAACAGCAGGACAGCAUUCAGAGUUUUGUGGCUAAGCUGCGAGAGCUGAUGGCUAACACAGCCAAUGCUGGAGACAGUUGUAAGAAGAUGUUAGAGUCUGAACCCUCACCUGACCUUCUGGGCCUGAAGAGAGAUCUGGAUGCUCUGAGUAAGCAGUGUGGCAAACUGUUAGACAGAGCCAAAGGAAGAGAGGUCCAGGUGCAGAGUACUCUCACAAAGCUAGAGGAGCUGUAUGGUAAAGUAAAUCAAAUGGAAGAUAAACUCUGCAGAGCUGUGGACAAGGAGGCAUCCCAGGAGCCGGUCGGCAUGGAGACAGAAGUGCUCAACCAGCAGCUGGAGGCUUUCAAGGCUUUUCAGAAAGAGGACAUUGAUCCACUGCAGAACCAGCUUCAAGACAUCAAUUCCCUCGGGCAGGGUCUGAUCCAGAAUGCUGCUAAAGGCACCAGCACUAAGAAACUCGAGGACGACUUGGAAGGUGUCAACUCUAAGUGGAAUACCCUCAACAAAAAGAUUGCUGAGCGUUCAGCCCAGCUGCACGAAGCCCUCUUGCACUGUGGCCAGUUCCAGGAUGCUCUGGAGUCCCUACUCAGCUGGUUGACUGACACGGAGGAGCUUGUGGCCAAUCAAAAACCUCCGUCUGCUGAGUUCAAAGUGGUGAAGGCACAGAUACAAGAGCAGAAGCUCUUACAGAGACUGCUGGACGACCGAAAGCCGACAGUGGAGCUGAUAAAAAAGGAGGGAGGGAAGGUUGCUGAACUGGCAGAGUCUGUGGAUAAGGAGAAAGUGGCAAAAGAGAUUGAAUGCCUGGGACAGAGGUGGGACACGCUUCUCAAGAAGGCUGAAAACAGGCACAAACAACUAGAGAGCAUCUUAGUGGUGACUCAGCAGUUCCAUGAGACUCUGGAGCCCCUGAGCGAGUGGCUGUCAGCCACAGAGAAACACCUCACCAACUCUGAGCCAAUAGGCACUGAGACUUCUAAGCUGGAAGAUCAGAUAUCUCAGCACAAGGCAUUAGAGGAGGAGAUUAUGAAUCACAGUAAAGACCUGUUUCAGGCUGUCAAUCUUGGCCAAAUGCUCAAAACUGUGAGCUCAGUGGACGAUAAGGAGUUUGUUCAGUCUAAACUGGACACCACUCAGGCCAGUUACAUAGAGCUCCAGGAGCGAUGCAGGAGGAAAGCUGAGAUGCUUCAACAAGCUCUGGCAAAUGCCCAGCUGUUUGGAGAGGAUGAAGUGGCUCUCAUGAACUGGCUCAAUGAGGUACACACGAGGCUGAGUGAAGUGUCGGUGGAAGACUACAGACUAGAGGUUCUUGAAAAGCAGCUGGCAGACCAACGGGCACUGCAAAGUGAUAUUGGCUUAAGGAAGAAGAAUGUUGACCAAGCCAUCUCCAAUGGGGUGGAGCUACUGAAGCAAACAACAGGUGAUGAGGUGAUCGUUAUCCAAGGCAAACUGGAUGGAAUAAAAACAAAAUAUGCUGAGAUAAACUCUAUGAGUGACAGUGUUUUAAAGACACUGGAGCAGGUUUUGAGUCUGUCUUCCAAGCUGCAGCAUACUCACACGGAUCUGAGCUCAUGGCUAGAGAAAGCAGAGGCUGAGAUUAAAAGCUUUGCCCAUCAGGAGCCAGUCGGCGAGCAGCUGAUUCAUUCACAAAGCAGGCAAAAGGCCAUGUUGAAAGAGAUCAAAGACCAAAAACCAGUGUUGGACCAGCUGAAUGAGUUGAGCAGUUCACUCUUGGAUUUGGUCCCCUGGCACACUCGUGAGAGUUUGGACAAACUUGUGUCUGAGGAUAAUGAGAGGUACAGAGCUGCCUAUGACACUUUGACCCAGAAGGUCGACCAGAUCAAUGCUGACAUACUCAAGUCACAACAGUUUGAACAGGCCGCAGACAAUGAACUCUCCUGGCUGACUGACGCUGAGAGGAAACUGCUAUCGAUGGGUGAGAUCAGGCUGGAGCAGGACCAAACCACAGCUCAGCUCCAAGCACAGAAGAUUUUCUCCAUGGACAUCAUGAGACACAAAGAUGCUGUAGAUGAGAUUGUGAAAACAGGAAAGGCCAUCAUGACCAGCAAAAACCCAGAGGAGAAGGAAAUCUUAAAGGCCAAGACACAGACUCUCCUCGAGAAGUAUGGUGUCGUCAGCCAGCUGAAUUCUGAGCGCUGUCUGCAGCUUGAGCGAGCCCAGUCUCUUGCCACUCAGUUCUGGGAGACCUAUGAGGAGCUGGGGCCAUGGCUUCAGGAAACUUUAAGCACCUUCAGCCAGUUACCCCCGCCUGCCAUCGAGUACGACACGCUCAGGCAGCAACAAGAGGACCUCAGGCAAAUGCGGGAACUGAUUGCAGAGCACAAGCCCCAUAUUGACAAGAUGAAUAAAACUGGUCCUCAGUUACUUGAGCUCAGCCCAGUGGAGGGUGAGCCCAUCAGAGAGAAAUACACAGCCACUGACCAACUUUACACCAAACUGAAAGCUGAUGUCAAGCAGAGAGCUGCCACUUUGGAUGAAGCCAUCUCCAAAUCCACUCAGUUCCAUGAUAAAAUCGAUCCCAUGCUUGAAUCCCUGGAACGGAUCGCUGAACGCCUCCACCAGCCUCCAUCCAUCUCAGUGGAGGUGGACAAGAUCAAGGAGCAGAUUACUGAAAAUAAGACGGUCUCUGUGGAUUUGGAGAAGCUGCAGCCGUCUUAUGAGACACUGAAGCAACGAGGUGAAGAGAUGAUCGCACGAUCCGAAGGGACAGACAAGGACCUGUCUGCCAAAGCUGUGCAAGACAAACUGGACCGCAUGGUUUUCCUGUGGAACGACAUCCAGGCAUUGGUGGAAGAGCGGGAGACGAAGCUGCUGGAUGUGAUGGACCUCGCAGACAAGUUCUGGUGUGACCACACCGCCCUCAUCGUCACCAUUAAAGACAGCCACGACCUGCUGAGGGAGCUGGAGGAGCCCGGAGUCGAUCCUUCAGUCGUCAAACAGCAGCAGGAAUUUGUGGAGGGAUUUAAGGAGGAGAUUGAUGGGCUGCAGGAGGAACUCGAUGGGGUUCGAAACCAGGGUGCAGAGCUCAUGACUGCCUGCGGGGAACCUGAUAAACCUGUGAUAAAGAAGAGCCUGGAUGAAGUGAAUACAGCGUGGGAGAAUCUCAAUAAGACGUGGAAGGAAAGAGGAGAGAGACUGGAAGAAGCCAUGCAAGCUGCUGUGCAGUUUCAAGAUGGCCUGCAGGGUAUGUUUGACUGGGUGGAUAUUCUGGAGAGCAAGCUGGAUUCAAUGUCACCUGUGGGCACGGAUCUGGAAACCGUCAAGCAGCAGAUUGUGGAACUCAAGGAGUUCAAAGGAGAAGCGUACCAGCUACAGAUUGAGAUGGAGCGUCUGAACCACCAGGCCGGCCUCCUGCUGAAGAAGGUGACAGAGGAGGCUGACCGCUCCGCCAUCCAGGAGCCGAUGUCUGAACUCAAAAUGCUUUGGGACAACCUGGAUGAGAAGAUCAUCAGUCGGCAGCACAAACUGGAGGGAGGCCUUCUCGCGCUGGGGCAGUUCCAGCAUGCACUGGACGAGCUGCUGGCCUGGAUGAGCCACACCGAGGAGCUGCUCAAUGAACAGAAAAAUGCUGGAGGAGACCCCAAAGCCAUCGAGAUAGAGCUCGCCAAGCACAACGUCCUCCAGAUAGAUGUGUUGGCUCACAAGUCAACAGUCGAGACAGUGAACAAAGCCGGCAAUGAUCUGGUGCAGUCCAGCGCUGGAGAGGAAGCUUCUAGUCUGCAGAGCAAACUGGAGAAUCUGAACCAGCGAUGGAAAGCCAUCCUGGAAAAGAUGGGGCAGAGGAAGCAACAGCUGGAAAGCUCUCUGCUUCAGGCUCAGGGUUUCCAUGGUGAGAUAGAAGACAUGCAGCAGUGGCUGAAAGACACAGAACGUCAGCUGUUGGCAUCAAAGGCUGUGGGAGGCUUACCAGACACGGCCCGGGAGCAGCUUAUCGCCCAUCUGGAGUUGUGUUCUGCCUUUGAGGCUAAAGAGGAGCUGUAUCGGGAGCUCCAGAACAAGGGUCACCAACUGCUAACGAUGAUGCCCGAGAGUCCAGACAGUAACACGGAGCAGGACCUCGCCAACCUGAAGGAAAAAUGGGAAGCGGUGCAAGCGAAGGUUGCUGAAAGAAAGGUGAAACUAGAAGAAGCUUUGACUGUGGCCACAGAUUUCCACAACUCCCUGCAAGAUUUCAUCAACUGGCUAACCCAAGCAGAGCAGACGCUGAACACGGUUUCCCCCGCUUCCCUCAUACUGGAGACCAUCAUGUUUCAGAUAGAUGAGCAUAAGAUGUUUGUGACAGAGGUAAACUCCCACAGAGAACACAUUAUUGAACUGGACAAGACGGGCACACAUCUGAAGUACUUCAGCCAGAAACAGGAUGUGGUCCUGAUAAAGAACCUGCUGCUCAGCGUGCAGGGGCGCUGGGAGAAGCUGGUGCAGAGGUCUGUUGAGCGGGGUCGUCUGCUGGACGACGCCAGGAAGAGGGCGAAGCAGUUCCAUGAAAAUUUCAAUAAACUGAUGGAGUGGUUAGAUGAAUCUGAGAAGACUCUGGACUCUGAAGUGGAAAUUGCCAAUGAUCCCGAUAAAAUCAAGACGCAGCUGGCACAGCACAAGGAGUUCCAGAAAGCUCUUGGCAGCAAACACUCUGUGUAUGAUACUACCACUCGAACAGGACGGGCCCUGAAAGACAAGACCUCUCUACAGGAUGAUAGACAGAAGCUGGACGACAUGCUGAGUGAACUGAGGGACAAAUGGGACACUGUUUGUGGGAAGUCAGUGGAAAGACAAAACAAGCUGGAAGAGGCCUUGUUGUUCUCCGGCCAGUUUACAGAUGCUCUCCAGGCUCUUAUUGACUGGUUGUACAGAGUGGAACCUCAGCUGGCUGAGGACCAGCCCGUACACGGAGACAUAGACCUGGUUCUCAACCUGAUAGACAACCACAAGGUUUUUCAGAAGGAGUUGGGAAAGCGGACAGUAAGCGUCCAGGCCCUCAAACGUUCAGCCAGGGAGCUGAUUGAGAACACUCACGAUGACUCCUCCUGGGUCAAAGUCCAGAUGCAGGAGCUGAGCACGCGCUGGGAGACGGUGUGCAACCUGUCGGUGUCUAAGCAGGCCCGGCUGGAGCAGGCUUUGGGCCAGGCUGAAGAGUUUCACUCUGCUGUUCACAUCCUGCUGGAGUGGCUAGCUGAGGCAGAGCAAAGUUUGCGCUUCCACGGCAGCUUGCCCGACGAUGAAGAAGCUCUGCGUGCGCUUAUCGAACAACACAAGGUGUUCAUGAAAAAACUGGAAGAAAAGCGAGUGGCUCUAAAUAAAGCGGCCAGCAUGGGGGAGGCCAUUCUCAGCAUCUGCCAUCCAGACUCUAUCACAACCAUCAAGCACUGGAACACCAUCAUUAAAGCCCGCUUUGAAGAGGUGCAGGCUUGGGCCAGACAGCACCAGCAGCGACUGGCCACAGCCCUCACUGAGCUGCUAGCUACUCAGGAGCUGCUGGAGAAUCUUCUGACGUGGCUACAGUGGGCUGAGACCAACCUCAACGACAAGGAUAAGGAGCCACUCCCUCAGGAGAUCGAGGAGGUCAAAAACCUCAUAGCAGAACACCAGGCAUUCAUGGAGGAAAUGACCAGGAAGCAACCAGAUGUUGACAAAAUCACCAAGACACACAAAAGGAAGGCUGCUGCGGAGCCCCAGAUCCAGUCUCAGAUCCCCGUGUUGGACAAAGGAAGAGCUGGAAGAAAACGUUCUCCCACGCAAGCGAUGUAUGCAUCAUCAACACAAGCUCCCAUUGAAACAAAGAACCCACGGGUUAACCUGCUGGUGACCAAGUGGCAGCACGUGUGGCUGCUGGCUUUGGACAGAAGGAGGAAACUCAAUGAUGCUUUGGACAGAUUGGAGGAGCUAAAAGAAUUUGCCAACUUUGACUUUGAUGUGUGGCGGAAACGUUACAUGCGCUGGAUGAACCAUAAAAAGUCUCGCGUCAUGGACUUCUUCCGCCGCAUUGACAAAGACCAAGAUGGCAAAGUGACACGACAGGAGUUCAUAGAAGGCAUUCUCUCCUCCAAAUUCCCAACAAGUCGUCUGGAGAUGAGCGCUGUGGCAGACAUCUUUGACAGAGACGGUGACGGCUACAUUGACUACUACGAGUUUGUAGCAGCUCUACAUCCCAACAAAGACGCUUACAAACCACUAACAGAUGCUGACAAAAUUGAGGACGAGGUCACGCGCCAAGUGGCGAAGUGCAAAUGUCCAAAACGAUUCCAGGUGGAGCAAAUUGGUGCCAAUAAAUACCGGUUCUACCUUGGAAAUCAGUUUGGUCUGGUUCACUGCUUACAUGACUCCUUAAUCGGCGAUGAGACAAUAGCAAACAGGGAAAAUCAAAAUCUUACCCCCCACCUACACGUUGCAGUUUUGGAAAGCUGUAUUCUGUUUGGAGACUCUCAGCAGCUUCGCCUUGUGAGAAUUUUGCGCAGCACUGUGAUGGUGCGGGUGGGAGGAGGCUGGAUGGCGCUGGAUGAGUUUCUGGUGAAGAAUGACCCCUGUCGAGUGCAUCACCACGGGAGCAAAAUGUUGCGCUCGGAAUCAAACUCUUCAAUUACUCAGUCUCCUAUAGGUUGGCAAAUCUCAAACUUUCUCACCUUGCUCCAUGAACCCACCAGUGCUAAAGGCAGGACCAAUGUGGAGCUGCGAGAGAAGUUCAUCCUCCCAGAGGGAACCACUCAAGUGAUGGCAAGCUUCCGCUACAGAGGCCGGAGGUCUCGGCCGUCAUCUCGAGGAGCUUCUCCCAACAGAUCCACCUCCAGUCAGAGCCUCCCCGUCCCCACCAACCCAGCAGCGACCAGCACACCCAAGAAUCCCCAACACAUAACCCGCAAUUAUGAUAAGCCAUGGCUUACAAACAGCAAACCCUCCACUCCUCUUAAAUCAUCAGACUCCUUUGGGAGCCAAGGUUCAUCCUCAGAGAGUAAUCCGGUUCAAGGCAGCAAAUUGCGUUUGCCUGGGUAUCUGUCCGGCAAAGGAUUUCAGUCAGGUGAAGAGGGAAGCUUGAUCAGCGCUGCUGUACUAAAAGCUCGAAAUCAGACAAUAGGUGAAUCGAGAAAAAAUUCCAGCCGACCAGGAAGUAAAGCCGGAAGCAGAGGAAGCAGUCGCAGAGGAAGUGACGCCUCCGACUUUGACAUCUCAGACAUUCAGUCCGUGUGCUCAGAUGUUUCCGAGACGGUCGGCGACUCUGCCAGAGCGACGCCUCGCUCCGCAUCCCGUCAACACGGAGGGAAACCCUCUAAGAUCCCCACACCUCAAAGAAGAAUGACCCCUACAAGCAAACUGGCCAAGGGAUUGAAGCGAUAGACAGUGGCCUUGAAAACAAGCAAACAAACAAACAACCCAGGAGCUAUUUGCACCCUAAACACAUAAUGGACACUGGAGAUGUGUAACUUAAAGAAAAAAAAAAGAAAAAAGACUGCAAAUGUGUCACGUGUUAUUUAAAUUCUUGCAAAGAUGUAAAAUAUUCUGUUAAGAGGCAAUAUGGUUUAAUAUUUUGUGAGAAUGGAAAGUCAAUGGCCUUGUGUAUUUGUUUUUAAUGUAUUUUAUUUUUUGUGAAAAUAUGUCAAAUUGUUUUUAUUGUACUUUAUUUUUAUUUAUGCAAAUCCUGUAGAGGAUUGAUGAACACUAGAAAAUCUGGGAAUGAUCAAGCCGAACUAACAUUUCUACACUAAUGAAGGGCAAAGAUGCAGGAUAGUGCUCUAAGAGUUACUGAAUGUACUAUUAUUUAUGUAUGCUUUUGUUUGGAGUAGAUGGUGCAUUAUGGUACCGUUCGACACACUGCGAUUAUCUAUUUAAGUGCUAUGUUAUACUGCCAACAUGCAUUUAAAGGGCAAUGCAAUAUAUUACAAUAAACCCCACUAAGCACUGCAGAAGCCUUCGAAAACCCCUAUUUAAGACAAGUAGCAGAAACCUCGUAACCAUGACGCUUUUAUGUCCCCGUUUGUCAGCAGCUGCAGCCCGUCUUUUGUUUAAACACCUCACAGCAAAUGAGUACUCUGACCUCGAAGAGGUAACACUUCAUGUAGACAUUCUCUGUGCAUCCAUGUCAAUGUAUGGUUAAUUUCGGUAGAGCUGAAAUUGUUACUGUAACAUUACUUUGUAAUAAACCUGCUUGCAGAAAGCCACCAGAGACUGGUGUGCACCACAGAA